CAAUGAGCUGCAUGCACCGGUAACCCAGAGCAGGUGGAGGUCGCACAGCUGACUGAACGAUGACGUCAGUGUUCCCAACAGCAACCCGGGGCUGCCUCUGAGUGACGUCAGCGACUAAACAACAGCAGCUGAGUGGCAGUGCGCGUGAGGAGCGGGGAGCGGGCUCGCGGUCGUUUGCUAUGGCUAAUCAGGGUGGAUGCGACAGCCUGGAUGCUUCAGAGGUGGAGCCGGUGGGAAAGAGCGCCGGCGAGACUUCCUCCCAGUCAUUCAACUCAGGUGGAAGAGAGAUGGCAGAGAAAGAGGAAGAGCAACCUUCGGGAGCCCGACACCCUGCAGACACUAAGAGCUUUCUGUUAUAUGAGCUUGUUCCAAAUUAUUACAAAUGUCAGUUAUCAUGCAUCAGAUGCAUCUGGGGCCGUGUGGUCUCCAUGGUGACCCUUGUUUUGGAACAUUGGGAAGUUCACGUCAAUUGUCACAAAGACUUUAUAGGUAUUGAUACGUGCAUGUACACGACACAGCCAUGGAACCUGUCGGUCAUGUGGAAUGAGGUCUGGGAGGUCAUUGAUUCUGUCCAGGAGGGCAGGUCUGGAUCAGGAUCUCCAUUCACAGACUUCUGGUCGAGCCUCAAGCUCUUCAUUGAGGAGACUUCCUCUUUUAAGCAACAGAAUCCAGGCAAGUUCUGUCUGCUGGUGUGCAGUAUGUGUUCUUUUUUGGCAAUACUUGGACGUUACAUUCCAGGGGUUGUUAUUUCAUACAUCUUAGUGCUGGGCAUUUUUCUCUGGCCUUUGGUGUCGUCACAUGAGUUCGGGAUGUGGCUGGAACCAGUUCUGCAGAAACUGGACUUUGGAGUGGGCGAGUUUCUUCAGAAAAUUAAAGAGAAUCAUGAGAAAAGGAUACUCCAGUCUCAAGCCAAGACAGAGAGCAUUGAAGCAGAUCUGUCUGCACUUUUCCCCAAGAUGGACUCCACCAUGUGCAAAGAGCUGUCUAUAUCAGACACAGAGGUCUCUGAAAUAACAUGGACAGACAAUGGUACCUUUAACCUUUCAGAGGGACACACACCUCAGACAGAAAACUCUGAAGACUCAGACCGGCGAAGUGAUGAGGAGGUCUUCACAGGUGGACUACCGGAGUUUCCCUCCUUGGACAAUGGCUUGGGGACAAAUGGAGAUGACGAUGAAGACCUGAGCAUUGGUAUGCCCACCCCACCAGCCCAUCCCAGCAGGGUUGGGUCCACACAGUCAGACGAGGACCCAGCUGCCCAGGCUCUGGAGGUUGUGCAGAGGCUGGCUGGAGACGUAAUCACGGCAGCAGUAACCGCGGCCAUGCAGGAACGCCUGGAGUCAGUGGUAGCGCCGAUGCUGGUCCAGGCCCUGGCCGAGGAAUCGGACAGCGAGGCAGAGGACUUUGAGUUGUUGGACCAGUCAGAGCUGGAACAGCUGGAAGGCGAGUUGGGGCUGGACCGGGCGAGCCGUGCAGAAACGUCUAAACCUAGCAAACCUUCUUCAGGCUUUCUGUCCAAACUACUGGGGCACCACUGAUUUUAUUCAGAGGGGUUCCGCUUCCCUCUGUGAUGGGAUGUGGGUGGGAGCAUAAAUGUCGGGUUUACAGGGAAAGGUCCAGAGUAAUGAAGAUAUUCCAUUGUUUUACUUUGCUGGUGUGAUUCAGUUAUAUUCAGUUGCUAUUAAAACGGUCAUCUGUGGAA